AUGGAACGUUUGGACCUGCUGGGAUUCCUUCUCAUCACUGUCAACUGCAACAUGACCAUUGUGGGGAAGAUCUGGCUUAUCUUCAUGAUACUGCUGAGGAUGGUGGUGAUCAUCUUGGCAGUCUCCCCCGUCUACCAGGACGAACAGGAGAGGUUUGUGUGUAACACUCUGCAGCCAGGAUGCGCCAAUGUUUGCUACGACAUCUUCUCCCCGGUGUCCCACCUGCGGUUCUGGCUGAUCCAGAGCGUGUCUGUUCUCCUCCCUUCUGCCGUUUUCAGCGUCUACGUGCUCCACAGAGGGGCCGUGCUCGCCGCCCGUGGACUCUCCGGGCCAGACGGCGGUCCCACCCGUCCUGACCCCUGUGACCAGAGCCCUGGGGACAGGCGCCGCCCUCCGCCCUGCAGGGAGCCGCGCCACCUGACCGUGCCGGACUUUUCCUCGGGCUACAUCGUCCACCUCCUUCUUCGGAUGCUGACCGAGGCAGCUUUUGGUGCCUCGCAUUACCUCCUCUUUGGAUUCUUGGUCCCCAAGAGAUUCUCUUGCACCCAAUCUCCCUGCACCAGCGUGGUGGACUGUUACGUCUCCCGGCCCACGGAGAAGUCCAUUAUGAUGCUUUUCAUGUGGGCGGUCAGUGCGCUCUCCCUGCUGCUCAGUGUGGCUGACCUCAUCUGCAGCGUGCAGGGGAGGACGAGCGGGGGCUGGGGCCCCGCCGAGGAUCCCCCGGGCCCCGCCGCCGGCCGCCGGCUCUCCCGGAGCCUGGGCGCUAGGCCGGGUCAGAUGGCCCGCGACGGUGGGUGGGUGGAGGAGGGGGCGCCCAUCCACCCCGGCCUGUGGACUGGAGGGGUGGGUGCCGACAGCCCCAGUGGUAAGUCCGCUGUAUCAGGGCGGAUGGGGCUUCCCGAUGAAGAUGAGAGCGAGGUGAUGUCCUCUGCCAGCGAGAAGCUGGCCACGACUUGCAAGGAAACCGGGAGUAGGCCGCGCGGAGAGGCCUCCCAGGACCCCAGGGGCGAGGGUCCCACAAGAUCAGAGGAGCAUCCCUCAUCGCCUCGGAGCUGGCUGGGCCGGCGCUAUCCAUCCGGUCAGCUACAGCCCCUCGACGGGCUCGCCAACUCCAGAUCCAGAAAGUCUGAGUGGGUCUGA